CAGGAUAAGAAAGAGCGAGACAGAUAGGGAGAGAGUGAGAGAGAUAGAGCGAGAGGCACGCACAUAUCCGCCAUUCAACCCACAGAGACAACUUGCUCAAACGUGGAGCCACACAUGGAUGCUGCCGGCACGACGCUGAUGCUGGUGGAUGCGUCGGCCGCUGAGAAGCACCACCAGCAGCACCAGCACCAGCAACAGCAACAGCAGCAGCAGCACCAUCACGGCCAUACGCGACACAUGCACCACCAGAACGGCGAACUGGCGGCGUCCAGCGAUGCAACAAGCGGCACACAGCAGCUGCACACGGAGCUGGCUGCAUCGGCUGUUGCCGCUGGCCCGACGACUGGCAGCAUUUCGAGUGCGAAUACAAUUCUAACGGAAACGACUACGGCCGGCACCUCGAACAGCUCCUCGGGCAAUAGCUCGCCAGCCAAGGCGUAUCUGCAUCAUCAUCUGCAUCACGGCACGCACUCGCAUGCGCAUCAUCAUCAUCAUCAUUCGCUGCAGCUGCACCAUACGGCGCCGCCCUCACCACUUGCUACGGUGCGACAUCAGCAGCAACAGCAGCAGCAACAACAGCAACAACAACAGCUGUCGGGUGCUUCACCCCCACCGGGCGGCUGUCUGGCCGUCUGCUGCUCAACGGCUGGCGGCUCGACGCAUCAUCACAUGACCGUCGGCCAUGUGCCACAUCUGCCGCCCCAUCAUUCGCUCUAUCCGCUAAUGGCCGCCGCCCAGCUGGGCUAUGUGGGCUCCAGUGGGCCCAGUUCGCUGGUCAAUUCGCCCGCGCUGGGUCGACGCAAGCGCUACACCAGCACCUCCUCGAACUGCUCCAGCCAGUUCAACAACAACUACGCCGGACUCGAUGUCGACUCUCUGGACGACAUGCUGCGCAAG